AUGGUCAAGAAGCGGGCGAACAACGGUCGCAACAAGAAUGGCCGCGGCCACGUCAAGCCGGUGCGCUGCUCCAACUGCGCCCGCUGCACCCCCAAGGACAAGGCAAUCAAGAGAUUCACCAUCCGCAACAUGGUCGAGUCCGCUGCCAUCCGUGAUAUCUCGGAUGCCUCCGUCUUCGCCGAAUACGCCGUCCCCAAGAUGUACCUGAAGCUCCAGUACUGCGUCUCGUGCGCCAUCCACGGCAAGAUCGUCCGCGUCCGUUCCCGCGAAGGUCGCCGCAACCGUGCCCCCCCUCCCCGCAUCCGCUACAACAAGGAUGGCAAGAAGCUGAACCCCCCUCAGGCCGCCAAGGCUAUGUAA